GGUUGGCACGGGCUCGCGGUGUGUGUCUAGGGACUGACUCGUUUUAGUAUAGUGUCGCACAGUGUGUGUACUAGGAACAGUGCAACGUUGAGGAAAGUGGAGGCAAGACGUUAAAUGGAGUCUACAGAAAAUGGACCAAAGUAAACUCGAUAGCCAAGUCAUCAUGAAGUCAGUUUAAGUAGUUAAGUGGGGAAAGUUUAUAUUGUUGUUUUUCUUUUUGGCUAUAUGACGCUGCUGGAUUAAAACAUAAAAAUGUCUCAAAGAGUUCGAAGAAACGAGUCACCGACUUCCAACACUGGCACUGCAGGCAGUGCAACCGGUGGAGGUUCCGGCGGCGCUGGUGGUGGAGCAGGAGGUGCGGGAGUGGGUAACUCAAGCAUGAGUCUGAUAAGUCGCCUGCUGCCCAUGAAGGCUACCGUUCCGUUUCAGCUAAGAGCUCAGGUUCAGUCACAGCCCCCCCUGCAGGCGAGGUCGUCGCAUGGCGCCGACGGCGGAUGCGGCGCAGCCACGCGCAGCGACGGCUGUAAUGGCAAAGGAGGCGAAGCCGGCGCGCGAGCGCCUGCCUCGCUCAGCCGGAGCCCGACACGGGCCGCCGCCUCUACCAGCGCCGCGGCGCCGGUCUUUCCGUCAGUUCCACCCCAUUCCUCUCCGCCGUCCUCCACGGGCACCCAGAUAGGGCCGUCCGCCGCGCCACAGCUGAAGGCUAGCCCCAUUAUUACGCCAGGCGCCGCCGGCAGACCCCCCCAGCCGACAUCGUCGUUUUCGGGUGCAGCCUCCCAGCAGCUCGCUUUACCCCCGACGAACGGCAGAGUCCCCGGCUACGGCGGCUCCCCGUGUCCCUCCCCCACGCAGCAGCAGCCCUGGCUUGCCGAAUGCUCUCCGCCGACACCUCCCCUGCAGGCACCGCCGCCGCCUUCCGAGUUACCAUCGUCGGCUGGCCACCGGGGCAGACUGCAGCAGUCCCCGGCCCAGCGCCGGUCCCCGGAACAUGGCAGACAGUCCCCGGAGAGGAGGAGUCCCAGCUCGCCUCUCUCCAAAGAGAAGGCACGGAUCCCGCCAGCAUCUCCUCUGUACAGCUCCUGCUGCUCCUCCAGCAUCCGACGAACCUCCUCCCUGGACACGCUCACGGGGCCCUACCUGUCAGGACAUUGGCCUCGGGAUGGGAGUCACGCCCAGUGUGCACCCUGCAUGGUGGACCAGACCACUCAGACUCCCAGUGCCUGGGCAGAUGACCCUUCGGAGAAGAGGAGGGGCUCCCAUAAACGCUCGGCCUCCUGGGGGAGCACCGACCAGCUUAAAGAGAUCGCCAAGUUACGGCAGCAGCUACAGCGCAGCAAACACAGCAGCCGGCACCACCGGGACAAGGACCGCAAGUCUCCCUUCAAUGGCAGCCAUGCCGCCAUCAGCCAAUCACAGGUACCCAUUCCCAAGAGCAUCCUGGUGCCCAUCCCCAUCUCCAAGUCGACGGUGUCCCGAUUCCGGAACAGCGUGGAGGGGCUGAACCAGGAGAUUGAGCGCAUCAUCAUCCACGAGCCAGGAGAUCGUGAUGAGCAGCUCAUGCCUCAGGACGUCCCUGAUGGCCACCGAGCCCCCCCGCCCCUGCCCCACCGCAGCAGCAGCACCCGCAGCAUCGACACCCAGACGCCCUCGGGAGGUAGAGGAGGCCUCACGGCUGGUGGGGGAGGUGGUAACCACAGCAACAACAGCAGCCGCUCCCAGUCCACGUCCCCCACCUUCCUGACGGUGACCAGCGACGCAGGGCCGGAGAGCCCCUGCUCCAGCGAAGAGCUUCUGAAUGACGGGCGAGAGAAAGAUCCGUAUCCCAGUUCCCCCCUCCCCAAAUACGCCUCGUCCCCCAAGCCCAACAACAGCUACAUGUUUAAGAGGGAGCCGCCAGAGGGCUGCGAGAGGGUCAAGGCCUUCGAGGAGACACCCUCCCGGCUGCCGCAUGAGAUCCCACAAUUCCUGUGCCCGGACAGGAACAAGGUCAACUUCAUCCCCAAGAGCGGCUCUGCCUUCUGCCUGGUCAGCAUCCUCAAGCCCCUCCUUCCCACACAGGAGCUCACCUUUAAGGGCGGGCAUGGGCCACCCCCCUCCGUGGGCCCCUCCCCGCUCUACCCUGAGCCAGACCAGCGUGUGUCUCGGGGCACCAGCACUUCCAGCCAGCAGUCCUGCCUCCCAUGGCACCUGGAGGAGCCUGACAGCUAAGAGGCGCUACACCACACAUGAACACUGCCCCCACUAGGCCAAGCACGUGUACUACAGUGUCUCCCUCAUGAAUGUGGUUCCACCCCCCCACCACUGCCAGCUCUUUCCAAAACAGAAAAGGCCUGAUAGGUUUCUUAGGUACUUUUCAGCUGGGUUACCGUGAGGCAUAGGUGGCCCCUUCUGACCCCGAAACCACAGAACAGCGCUCAGGAACAGGCACGCCACACCAUGCCGAUUUCAAAACUCCGCUUGUGUCCUUGAUGGGUUUUUUUGUUUUUACUUUUUUUUGUUUUUGGCCUAGAGACACUUUGAUGGGAAAAUGAUUUCUAAAAAUGUACCGGUGAGCUUUCCUGGAGGAGCAUAGACAGGACUCAGCUUUAUGGGGACCAAGCUGGCCUGCUUCACCGCAAAAGUCUCAUGUUGUAUGUGAGUGAGAGGUGCGUGAGCGCGUUUGGUAAGGGAGCGCAGAGGCGAGUGUAUCCUGACUCUGGUUGUGUGGGUGGAUAUCUGGGCGGCUCCUGUGUGUGGUGUGUGUGUGUGGUGUGUGUGUGUGUGGUUUUUACAUUUUAUGUGCUUUUUAUUUGUGGUUUAAACAUGAUGGAAAUAGGGUUAGCGGAAAAAAAUCAGGAAAGUGUGUCACAGGACGGCAGCCUCUGGCCAGAUAAAUCACCUGAACUGGUCACCACAGUGAUCUGUUGGUCCUCCACCCCCAUAAGGCAGUCUGCAAUCUGCAUGACCGGCUCAGUAGCUGAUAGUUAGUAGAAACAAGUGUGCAGGUGGUGAAACUGGACAAAAAAUGUGGGUGGAUGGCUGUCCAGGGGCCACUGAGACGACCAGGCUGUACAUCUAGCAGAAGGGAGAUCCGACCGGAGCCAGACUCAGAACCGUAACUGGACCACAGUGAAGCCAGGCCUAGUCUGAGAGAUGAUUCCAAACUAGCCGCAGGUAACUGGCAUGGGAACAUUGUCUGGGUAAAACACCCUACGUCUUCAAGAUGUUCUUUUCAGUGUUUAUAGUAGCUAAGGUUAAGGUGCAAUGAACGAGCGAGUGGUGUUCCAUUUGUCUGAAAUGUGCACACGUUCAAAGCUGAGGUGUUCUGCCUCACUGAUCUGCGACCUGUUUUACCCAGAAUGGCUCAUAUUCCACUCCCUCUUUAUUGGUAUUUAAUGGCGACCUGCUACAGUGAGUGAGUACAGUGUUUAUGUUGAAGCCCAGUGAAGCCUCUACCUUCGUUUUAAACUGUCAGCUGAAAUUGAGAUGACCUUAACGGUGCAAGUAUGUGGACCUCGUGAAAGCAGAUGCUUAGUCAGCUUGCGGGACUCCGGCCUGUACGCACACAUCGCCACGUCAGAGUCAUCUCUGUUCUUUUCAGGGUCGAGGGCUUGGUCCAAAAAAGCAGAACCUUCCUGUGUGUUUCUUUUGGUCACUUUCCAUCACCCUCAUUAUCAGUUAUCACUUUUAGUACCAUUUUAAUAUGUUGUGCUUUAAGGAAACGAUGUUACUUGAAUAUUCCAGCACUUUUCCCUGCAUUGCGUCAGUCAGUUAUAUACGGCUGUCUGAUAAAACAGAUAUUUAAAAAGGCCUGUUUGUUUCUUACAACUUAUGACUGCUUGCGUAGUUCUGCCCUCAGGAAUGUAACAAAACAAUGCAGCAUUUCUAUUAAAUGCAAAUAUAGACUAUAUCAACAUCAAUACCUUCUUUUCAGUAGUUAAUGUAUCAUAUUCAGACAGAACACCUUUCUGUGUGUGUGUCAUUUCUAGAUAGUCCUACCUGUUGACAGACCUAAUCGUAAAGUAACUGACUAAAAGAUCAGGAAUGUGUAGGUGUGAGUGAAGGUCUUUACCAAGGCAUUCAGAGAUAGUGCUUUGAUUCAGUUAUUGCAGGAGACGUAUAUUUUAUUACUGCAUAUCGGUUUCCCGUCCCUUCUCUACUAUGUUUGUAUUUAAUUUGGGCUUUUCUCCCAGUCCCCAUUUCCUCCCCGAGGUCCAUCUAUCUGACGAUCAAUAAAACUGCACUUGUUGUAAA